UUUUACAGGUAAGGAGACUCUGAGAGGUUAAGAUACUUGCCUUGUAUCACAUAGCUAAUAAGUGCCUGCUCUAGGAUUUGAACCUCCAUCUCCCAUCUGAUAAGGUAAACAUGAGAGAAAGAAAAGUGGCAAAAGAUGAAGAAAACCCCUAUGAUUCAGGAGAGGAGAGACAGCUCCUACAACAGACCAAGCUGAGGCUAAUCCUAGUGGGGAAAACAGGAACCGGGAGAAGUGCAACAGGGAACAGCAUCCUCGGGGAGAAUGUAUUUGUGUCCCAGCUUUCGGGGGCGCCAGUGACGAAGAUCUGCAGCAAAGGGAGCCGGAGGUGGGGUGGAGAGGAAAUUGAGAUCAUUGACACUCCUGAUAUCUUUAGCCUAGAAGUGUCUACUGAAGGUCUAAUUUCUCAAGAAGUCUUUCGAUGUUAUCUCCUCUCCUCUCCGGGGCCCCACGCGCUGAUCAUGGUGAUCCAGCUAGGUCGCCACACUGAAGAGGACCAGGAAGCCAUGAAGAAAGUGAAGGAGAUCUUUGGGAAUAAUGUUGUGAAGCACACAGUCAUCCUUUUUACCCGCAAGGAAGAUCUUGGAGGGGGGUCCAUAAAGGAUUACGUCAAGUUUACAGAUAACCAGGCCCUGAAAGAUCUGGUUACACAAUGUGGGGACCGGGUCUGUGCCUUCAGCAACCGGGCCACAGGGAGGGAGCAGGAAGAGCAAGUGAAGGAGCUGAUGGAUAUAGUGGAGAGCCUGGUACAGAAGAAUAGGGGUGAGCAUUACACCAAUGAGGUGUACAGCCUAGUGGAAGAGCUCCAAUGGGCCAAUGCAGAGGAGAAGUUCAGAAAAAUUGGGGAGAAGGUGGCUAAGUUUAAGGAAAAGAAUAAGAGGUCCCCGGAGUUAGGGGCAAAGUUCUUCCUGAGGUUCAGAGGUUUGUGUAAAUCAAGAAUCAAGAAAAUCUCAAGCAUUGCCAUCUUUGGCAUCUUCAUCCUGUGGCUAGUGACCCCCAGCAGGCUUUAUAAUGCCUGGUUGGGCAUCAGGAGUCUUUUUAGUGGCUGGUUGGGCAUCACUAGUUAUGAAUAGCUGCUGGUUUCUACCAUCUUUAUUAGUCAUCAGGGGAAAUUUGUCAAGAACAAUGCCUUCAGAAUUUCAUCACUUCUUGGCUAUCUAUUACCCUUUUGUAAACCUAUCUACAGCAUAGCCUGAAAAGUCUAGCUUAUGUCUCUUCUCCUUCAAGAAACCUUGCCAGCCAAUGCCAGCUCUCAUGGUGAAGGAAGCUUAGAGCAUUUAAAAUAGCAGUGGAUUUGUAGUCAGAUGACCUAGGUUCAAAAUCUAGUUCUGCCUCUUACGGUUUAUCUAAAUUUGGAUACAACCAUUUAAUUUCUAUUGUUCUCAGUUUCCUCAUCUAUCUAAUGGGGGUGGGCAGGCUGGAGGAUUUUUAAGGUCCCUCCUAGCUCUAAAUCUAUGAAAUCUCUUCCCUGACUUCCUUUCAUACAUGGAUCUAGCUUCUGGAGCUUGCUUCAUACCUCCUGGUUCCAUAGCUCUUUGAGGUUCAAAAUCCUCCAUUAGUCUCUGCAAGUGCUGCCUUUACCUACAGCUACAAUUGCUCACAUUCAUACAGUAUGCCAAGGUUUCCUCACAACUCUGUGAGACAGGGAGUGUAAGUAUAUAAUCCAUAUUUUUUUAGAUGAGGAAAAGACUUAGAGAAGUCAACCUGCUCCCAGUAACACAGAUGCAAACGCUGGAGCUAGAUCUUCCAACUUCAGAUGUGGAGUGUUCUUUCUGUUUCCCUAAGCUGCUUCUCUUCUAUUUUCUUUUCUUUUCUUUUUUUUUUUUCAA